CUAUCCCCCGCUGGCACGGAAUGUCUCGGCGGUGUCCUGUUGGCGCCGCACAUCGAGGUCGUAGUCACCGCCCCAAAAAUCGCCACGUGGCUUCUCAAGGAGAGGAGCGCCCUGGCCGGUCGAUGACGCGACGUUGAGGGCGGUCUGCGGGGGAUGGCAGCGGCUCUGUGCCAGCGAGACAGACCCGUUGCAGCAAUCGCUGCGUCCCGACAGGCACUGCGUGUGUGUGUGUGUGUUGAUGCAUGGCGUGGUGCAGUAGACGUACAUACCUUCUGCUGCAGUUUGGCGAGUGCGGCCUUGAGCUCCGCAUUCUCGUCCUCCAGCUGCUUGAUUUUGGUCUGCAGGCAGACAGACAGAUAGACAGACAGACAGAACAGACGUGUGGAUAACAAAAACUAAGUAGGAUCGGCGUGUCUGUCGUGCACUGACCUGCAGCUCGGCUAUGUCCGCCAGCAGCAUUUGGAGGGACUUCUGGUCUGCGGCCUGCACAGCGCGGUACUUGUCGCGCCUUGGUGAAGCGCUGCGAUGGGUCGUCGGCGUCGAAGUCGACAAGAGUCGGAUGAUGGGCCAUCUCACACACAGCCUCUCUCUAAGCACCCCCUCCCCCCCUCCCCCCUUCAGCGGGGGAGAUGAUGUGCUGCUGAGGGCCGAGGCCCUCAGCAGCCGCAGCAU